AUGGAUGCCCACAUUGACGACCAGCAGCAGAAGGACUACCUCUCGCCUUUCUUUGACCUCGAAUCGUUGCAGAAUGGAGGCGACCUCGGCAUCAUGUCGCCUUCAGUGAAUGCCCAACAACCUCAAUCGAUGAUGACGAGUGCAACUAUGCCCUCUCAAAUGGACAUGGAAAUGCUCGGAAACCUGAUGUCGCUACAGGGGAUCAACAGUCCUAGCAGUAUAUCCCCGACGUCCCCCUCUCAUCCCCAGUUCAGCACCAACACCGCCACGACAAAUCCACAGCUACUCAUGGAGCAGCAGUUCAAGCUAGCUCAGCUUCAACAACUACAGCAACUACAAAAUCAGAUCUUUCAACAACAGGUGAGUCUCUCGAUUCGGGCGGAUAAUUAUGGCGAUUCAGUCAUGACUCCCAUACCCAGCCACUCUAUCUCCUCCCAAUUCAACGCCCCACGCGGAUCGACUUCUGCCCCUGCCCACAUUGCGUUUCGAUCCAGCCCAUCUCAUCCCCCACACGGUGACAUAGACGUCGACAUAUCUCCUUUGACCAGCCCUUGGCUCGGUGCUGAGCAGCAUCAUUCUAGUUUCUCUCACCGUCAAUCUUCUUCCAACAAACGCACGGCUUCCUCUAGCGGUGACGAGUCCUCUUCGAAACCGUCGCGAAAGAAGCAAUCCCCCGCCGUCCGGCCUUUCAGUAAUGCGAGUUCCACUAUUAUGACCAAGAGAACGACGAAUCCUCGAGGCUCACGAUCCACCAAUUCCACGCCCCUUCUUCGAUCCACACGGUCAAGAAAUGGUAGCAUCAUCAGCAACGAAGUCGUCGGGGAUUCUCCUUCUCCUGUAGAUUUGUCAAUGCCACCUCCAGCGGCCCCCUCGAUGAACCAAACGUCAAUACCUGAUAUGUCUGCGGAAAACCCUCCCCCGACCAUUACACCCGUUACUCCUGCGAGUAUCAUGAACCUUGGCAGGCUUGGUGUUGGUUCCAGCAACAAUACCCUUAUACCAAAAGAUGGUUCUGUCGACUUGAAGGGUAAAGCUCCUUCAAAAUCAUCAACCCCCGCAGCAAUUUCCCAGAGGAAUAAAUCUAUGAAACGAGGAUCGGUGGGCUCAUCUCCUGCUCUGAAGCCCAUUCUUCCUGCUGGUUCUACCACAGGACCUGCUUCAUCUUCUGCGAAAGGUGCCGCUCCCGUCGUCCAGGUCCGUAAAACGUCACACAAAGCCGCUGAGCAGAAGCGUCGAGAUUCCUUGAAGACCACCUUCGAUGACCUGCGUGGUUUGCUGCCGCCGAUACCCCUUCCGUCCGACGAAAAAUACCCGCUAGACGAGCCUUUGCUUCCAGGCGCCUUACCACCGCGAGGACCUCCUAAAGCUGGUGGAGAAGGUCCAAAUAAGGGCGUGAGCAAGCUGCAAUUGCUAAUCUGUGGUAACGAUUAUAUUAGGCAGCUAAAAGGACGGGUUGAGAGGAGGGAUGAAGAGAUUAGGCGCCUGAGGAGCGAAAUCGGAAGGCUGAGGGAUGUUCUUACGAACUCUACGGGCGGUGUGGGCAUUAUGGAGGAAGGGUGCGAGCCGGUGGAUUUGGAGCGGGACCUGGAUGAGAUUGAGGCGAUCAGCACAGGGUUGUCCAGAGGAGCAUCUAUCGGCGCUGAUGAUGAGGCAGACGAAGACGAAGACUAA